AUGUACUAUCCAUUUCAGUCCCAAGGGGAAUGGUCUUUAGCCAAGUUUCUUGCAGAAAACCUCACACAAACUCAGAUCAAAAGAUUUCUUGCUUUACCCUGGUUGAUUUGGCGUGAUGCAGAGGAGGUUGUACAGUCCUUGUUUGGAAAUCCUAUCUUUGGUGCCAACAUGAUGUUCGAUCCUAUCCUGGUCAUGACUGCUCUUGGGCGGGAGUAUAGUGAAUGGUUUCCAGCACAUGAAGCCCAUCGCAUCCAGGAUUCCCUGCCAGAUGGUGCAACAAUUACCCCUGUGACAAGGAUGACAGGUGGACUAGAAAUGCACCCCCUCUUCAUCAGCAUUGGCCUGAAACACUCUGUGGACACUGGAUCCAUGAUGCUGGACCCUCAUGGACACCUGUGGCAUUGUUUCAUGCCAUUAGUGGCAUGGACUGCUGACCUCCCUGAACAACUAAUGAUUGCAUGUGUCUCCAAGAGUGCAUCUCCUGUUACAGAAGCAACCCACAAGCAAUUUGGUGAUGUUCAUCGCCAAUCAUCUCAUACCAGCAAUCUCACUCUCCAGCACAUUGAACAAGUCACUUGGAAUGUUCACCCAUGGGAUAAUCUGAACAGUUUUCAAAGACAGGCAAAGAUGCUACAAUUAAAUGGUAUCUGCCUCCCAUUUUGGAGAAACUGGCUGUUUGUGAACCCUUCCACUUUCCUUCUUCCUGAAAUCCUCCAUACAUGCCACAAGUUUUUUUUUGAUCAUGUCCUUCCAUGGUGCAAAGUCUUACUUGGUGACGAACUCAAUGUGCGAUUCAAGUGUCACCACAAACAUAUUGCAGUAAGGCACUUUGUGAGCAGCAUUUCGCACGUCAAGCAAAUGACAGGCAGAGAACACUGUGACAUCCAGUGCACCAUCAUUCCCAUGAUAGCUGGUUGUGUACCUCCAUGGUUCCUCCAUGCUGUAUGCACUCUUAUCAGCUUCAUAUACCAAGCACAGAGUCCUGUGCAUACAGACAGUUCUGUGGAGGCAAUGGAAUUGUCAUUGCAUGAAUUCCACACCCACAAGGAUGCCAUUAUCGAGGCGAGAGCUAGAAUGACAAAAUCAGGUGGUGUGAAAGAUGACUUCCUCAUCCCAAAGUUGGAGCUUUUUCACAGUUUUGCAGAGGCAAUUCAUAACAGUGGUGGGCUCAUACAGUAUACUGCAGACCACCCAUUCCAACAUACUAACAAAGGCAAAGACUUUGUGGACCAAUCUAUGUGGCAGUUUGACAUGUACUCGUUGAUACACUCAAGUGAUAUACCCCUCAUCAACACUGUUUCCAUGGAAGAGGAAGAAAUCACCACAGCAAAUCCAAUGCUUGCAUGGAUGAGACUAACUUGUCACUGA